UUUUGUACUAAAAAACAAAACAUUUAUAACUUGACAUGACCUCUAUUAUACUUAUCACUUCCAUUCUUCAUCAUUGGAUCACCAAAAAUCUAAAAAAAAAAAAAAAAAAACUUUCAAACCCUAACCAUGGCUUCUCAUCAUAUUAACCCUCUGCUCCCGUUUCCUCCUCAACCCAUUUCCAUUUCCUUCCCCUUCUCCCAUUUUCAUUACUCUUUCAACCCUCUCAUGGCCUCCAAGCCUUUGAAUCCCAAUGCUCACCCUUUUCUUUCUGCUCCCCCGCCGUUUCUUCAGCCUCCUCCUCCUCCUCCUCCGCCUCAUAUCGUUGGCUAUGGAAAUUUCUAUUACCCACGUGCCACUUCCGCUUACUUUUGGCAGUUUCAUACUUAUCCCUCUGUUAGCUGCUACAAUGCUUGGCCUCCGGUGAUGUGGCCGUCGUAUCAGACGGCUGUGGGUUUCAGCGGUGGCGAUAUGACGGAUUCGAAGAAUAUUUGCAAAGCAGACGGUGGGUUCAGACGAGAGUUUGUUGUCUCUAGUGGGCCGCGUAGAGAUCAAAUCAAAUCUCCGCCGCAAUGGGUGGAGAAAAAAAUCAAUAGCGGCGGCAACGAAGGAGACGGUGCAAACCCAGUUGAGAAAACUGUUCCUUGCUCGGAAAUCACAACGAUGAUGAUAAAAAAUAUUCCAAAUCAACUCAAGAGGAGAGAUCUUCUUCAGUUAUUGGACAGAUACUGUCUAAUGAUGAACCAACAGAGGGAUUCUGAACCUGAUUUCUGUGUUACUGAAUAUGAUUUCGUUUAUUUGCCUAUGGAUUUCAUGAGAUCAUGGUACGAAGGGAAAGUGUCGAAUUUGGGUUAUGCAUUUGUUAAUUUCACUUCAUCUAUGGCUGCAUACAAGUUUUGUGCUGCUUAUCACAAUCAGAAAUGGGAUGUUAAUGUCAACAAGAAGAUUUGUGAGAUUACUGAGGCUAGAAUUCAGGGCAAGCAAGCGCUAAAGAAUGCAUUCAAGAACAAAAUCUUUUGGUGUUGCAAUGAUCAAUAUCUUCCUGUGAUGUUAUAUCCGGCGAGUAAUGGUCGGCGUCGAUACAGAAGGAUUAACGUUGGAAGGCGUAUACCUCGUCUUCCUCGUAAGCCGCUUAAGAAAGUUCAGUAGUUGAGCUUCGAGUAGUGUAAACAGGAAGAAGUGAAGAAGAUGUUAACAUAGUUGUUGGGAUGUUUUCUUUUCCCUCUUUUUUCUAGGUCGAUGGGGAUGAAGGCGUGUGUAGCUUGUGUUUUCAUUGUCUCCCCGACCGUUACAGUUUGUUUGGGGAGAAUUGAAAACAUGAAAGGCUGUUUGUUUGUGUCUUUUUUCUUGGGGGGGUUAGAUGUUGGGGAACCAAGUUUGUCUGAAAUGGCUACUUUCUGCAAUAUUAUUCUCUCUUCUUA